AUGUGGAGUGGACUGUUACCUCCAGGACUGAAUGAAAGUGACGUUGACUUCAGUUCUGACGAUGGAGAUGAAUUGCAUGGCUCCUUUUCAAAGGGUGCAAAGGAAGAUGCUGGAAGAGUUCUGCUUUCUGAAUCCCAGGAGAAUGGACCUGAAAGUAAUGCCAACCCUGAAGCUGUUGAGAGGUCAGCGACAGAUGGAGAAAAUGAAUCUCACACGUGCCCUUCUGGAGUUCCUUUGAGUAUGUGGAAUAAAUUUUUGGAGCUUCAGAAGAAAAACCAUGAAAUGAAGACACAAGCAAAUGAGGGAUACAAAAGCAGGAAAAGAAAGCGCCGCAGAAAAGAAAAACAGAAAAAGAACGAUGAAGUGACUAAGAGUAGUCAAGAGCUGGUAAAUGAAGACAAAUGGAAAGAACUUACACAGUACUUUGGAGCCAAUGAUAGAUUUGAAUCACUUGUGGACAGCAGGGCUCCACAAAAGUCUGGCCUUGAACUUAGCAUAGAGAAGUCUGUGGCCGAAGGUGACAUUGACAAGGCUGAGGAGCUGAGUGAUAGAUUAGCCAUUCGUGAGCUUGGUGUGAAAAUUGCUAAAGCUGUUGCGUGCCGCAACUUUGUGAAAGCCAAGCAAGAAGCAGAGGCUGCCCAAGAAGCUCGGAAGAAAAAGAAGCUUGCUUGGGGAUUUGAAGCCAAGAAAAGAUGGGAAACAAAAAGCAACAUGGGAUACAUGUAA